CUUGUGUUUUAGAUCACUGUGUUAUCAAUGCAUUAGUAAAUAAUUUUAACUAAAUAACAGAUUAGGUGUAAUGUCGCUUACGUACACUUGAGUAUGAUAAAAAAAAAGUGUUCUAAACCAAUUUUCCUAAAAACUACAAGACCGAAUAUAACUUUAUCACUUUUUGUUUCUAUUCAUCCCAUUUGACGGUACUUAUGUUUGCAAAAUUUUAUAAUUGUACGACUAUUGUAACCCAAAUGAGAGCUAUUCUACUGGAACAUGUAUUUUUACGGAAAAUAUUAAGUCUUUGGGAAUGAAGCGUCGAAGAAUGUCGUUUGAGUAUGAAAUGGAUCAUUCAUAUGCUAUGCCUAAUGAUAAUUACGAUUCUAAUGCUCUUCUGCAAAAUAUUCAAAAUGCAUAUGUCAACAAACUAUUAACUGAUAUUACUCUUGUGGUGGGAGGAGUGUCAUAUCCUGCACAUCGCUUUAUGUUGGGUAUAUCUAGCAAAGUAUUUGAGACCAUGUUGAUGAAUUCUAAAUGGAGUGAUUCACACCAAGAUGUCAUUGAAUUACAUGAAGUUCAAACAUGUAUCAAUGUAUUUCCACUUUUUCUUCAAUAUUUUUAUACAGGUGAAAUGCUACUUGAACAUAGUAUUAUUAUGCCAAUGUUGGUGUUAGCUGAUAAAUAUGAUGUCAAGGAUCUUAUCGUACUCUGUAUUGAAUACAUGUGUGAGCAUAUAGCUGAUGCUGCUAAUCGUGGUCAAUUAGUAACUUGGUUUCAAUAUGUACUGUCAUUAAAUCAACCAAUGAUGGUCAAUGCCGCAUAUUUUUGUAAAAUUUGGCAAGAUACUGAAUGUAUAAAAAUCAAGCCACCAUGGAAUAAAUUAUUUAAAGCUUGCAGAAAUUUUAUAAAAUGGAAUAUUGACACAUGUGUAGAUUGUUUCAAUACAUUUCAAUGUGAUGUUCUUGUUGGACUAUUAAAACAGUCUGAUCUCGUUGUGCAUGAUGAAAUACAAUUAUUUAAGUAUGUUGUGUCUUGGCUAAAUUUCCAGACUGCAGAAAAAUUGACUGAGUGUAACGAUCCUGAUACAGUAGAAGAGUACAGGAUAUCCUUAACAGAACAUGUUAUGUCUUAUAUUAGAUAUCCAAUGAUCCCUCCUCGAAUAAUGGCUCGAUUGUUAAUAGAACCUGUUCUUAAACAGAAUAUGAAUUUUUUUAUUGAAAAAAUGGCUGCAGCAAUGGAAUAUAAUAUGAUAAAAAAAGAAAAACAAUCAAAUGCUAAAAAUGAAUUAGAAUGUACUCCAAGAUUGUACACUUGUUCCCGGUGGGGAGACAAAUUUAGUAUAUGUCAACAAUCAAUUAAAGACUUUCUAUCAGUUGACAAAGAAAUUACUACGAACAGUGAUUUGUUUGAACGAGACCAAGAAAAAAUUGAUAAGACACAUUGGAAUGUAGAAUUGUUCUUGAAUGGAUUAUGGUUUGGUAAAGCAUUAUGGAUUUCUUGGAGUGAUUCUCUUGAAUUACCAGAGAUGAUAGUCAAAAUGGUGCGUGCAACAAUUGAGCUGAAAUUAAAAGAAGAUGAAAAAAUGACAACAUUUUCAUAUUUAGUUCGUGUUGCUAUUCUAGUGUAUGCUCUCCAGAAUCAAAUUACUCAUGUUGUGUCAGUUGUACAGAAAGUUGUGUUGUUUAACAAUGAACAAGUUAAAAUAAACAUUGAUGAUUUUAUGGUUUAUGAUGCAAUUAAUCAACCAAACACUAACAUAAAUGACACAAAUGUUUCAUACAUUAUCUAUGAAUCAUUAAAGUUCCAUGUUAUAAUUACUCCUAUUGUACCUGGAUUAACUGAUACUCCUUUUGGUACCAGUAUACAACAUGUGCACUUUUAAAUAGUUUUAUAUAAGCAUUGUAAUUUAAGAUUUUAUUUAUAUGUUUUGAUUUUCUUUCUAAAUAUCUCUGUAAUCACUUUCCAAUACCAUUAAUUAUUAUAUCAACAUUAAUUAUGUUGAUUAUUAUAUAUUGUUAAUCUUAUUAUACGUUUGCUUGAAUAAUUAUUAAGUGUUUUCAAGUAGAAUAUGAUGAAUGAUGAAUUAACCAUGUACAACAGGACAAGUUUUUAAAUUCAUUGACAUUUA